UUCUAAAUGUAAUUAUAUAUAUAUCGUAGGAUGAAUCUCCUUAAUCGUAUUUAAAAGUCUAAAUUAGCGAUACAAACAAAAUCCUUUAAAUUGCAGCUAAAUUUAGAAUCAACCAUUUUAAAAAUUUCAAAAUUCUAUUUCUUUCACCUACUUUUAAACAAUCAAGUUAUAUUUAGUUUCUUAUAUCUAGCUUUAUUGAUAAAUAACUUGAAACUAACCAAUAAGUUAAAAAGCCAUACCUAUAAUUUACCAAAUUAACAAUGGCUGAAUCUCGAAUUACUUUGAUAAGCUCAGACGAUGACAAAUUCCCAGUGGAUCAAGAAGUAGCAGAAAGAUCAAUUACUAUCAAAAACGUCAUUAAUGAUUUUAAUGAAGAAGAUGAAAUUGAAGUCCCCUUGGCAAAUGUAGAUAGUGUAACUUUAACUAGGGUUUUAGAAUGGUGUGAACAUCAUAAAGAUAGUGUUUUCCCAGAUGAAGAUGAUGAAGAUGCUAAAAAGACAGCUCCAAUUGAAGAAUGGGAUAGAACGUUUUUAAGAGUUGAUCAACAAAUGUUAUUUAAUAUCAUUCUUGCUUCUAAUUAUUUAAAUAUUCCUCCAUUAAGAGAUUCGGCAUGUAAACUCGUUUCUGAAAUGAUUCAAAGCAAGAGUCCAGAUCAAUUAAAGGCUAUUUUCAAUAGGGAACAGGUCAACGGGAUGGAAUCACAAACUUCAACUUCAACCGUUGUGAAUGGUUCAUCAUAGGAUAACCAUCAGAUAUGGUGUACAAUUGAUAGAGAGUUAUUUCAUUAUUAUACUACUUUUGUCCCCGCCACGCAAUGCUAUAUCAAACUACACAAUACUAUACCGUGCUUUUACUUAGUUUUUAUCGAUAAUCCAAUAAAUAUACAUCAUACUUGAACAUAAUCACUUGAUAUAACUCCCAUCAAGGCAAUAUAUGAAAUCUUUAACCGCAACUGUAGCUAGUCCUAACCCCUACAUCUUGGCAACACUCAAUAUUAUGAUGUGAUGAUUUUUGCUGGGUGAGUGAGGAAAGUUGAACCAAAACAGGGAAACAAC